CCAGGGGGAGGAUACAUUCAGCAACGGCCGAGCGAGCUGAGCUGAGCUGCUCGUAUUUUUCCUACAUGAAACAAAUCCGAGGCGGUUAAAGACGCUGCGAACGUUGCUGUCGAAGUGCUUCGUCGCUCUUCUGUUAUCGUGCCCUUCGGCGAACGUCCAAGACUUACAGCGCGGUCCGGACUCCCGGUUCGGUUUUGGGGCAGCGACAAGAACGGAAAAUAAGCGAAAGGUGUUUGUGCUGUUUGUGUUGGCUGUUGCCUGGCGGUGCGAGGCGGACUCGGUGCAGCAUGAAAGCCCGCUGGCCCUGCUCACUUCGUAGGUAAGCGCGCUCGCUUCUGCCACGGCUGCUUUAGCAUUCAGGCACAACAUGCCUCCUAGCCCGUAAACAAAGAGCCGUUUGGAAGCCCGUUAACUCGCCAGUACCUCGAGCUCACUCCUGCCAGGCACACCGCGGUCUGCUCAACUCGAGCGGGUUAGGAAAAAGUCACGCUCCGGUUUGCGGUGACGGGACCAGCACCCCCUUUACUGCUUCGGGAAAACGGCGGGCUAAAGUCGUUCUCUGCGCUCCUGUACGGUUAAGGACGACGAUGCCCUCGCUGGUGGCCAUCCGGCUGCUCGUGCUGGUGCUCGGGCUGUGCUCGCUGCGCGUGGCCGGCCAAGGGCGCUCCACCCCGGCUACAUGCUCGCCUCUGUGCCGCUGUGACGAGGACGGAGGGGCGGACUGCUCGGGUAAAGGACUCAGCACUGUCCCCACUGGACUCAGCGCCUUUACUUAUUAUCUUGACCUCAGCAUGAACAACAUCACAGAGCUGCCUGCCAAUGUGUUCAAAAACCUGCCGUACCUGGAGGAACUGCGAUUGGCAGGUAAUGACCUUGCUUUCAUCCACCCUGAGGCUCUGUCUGGACUCCACCAGCUCAAAGUCCUCAUGCUUCAGAAUAAUCAGCUGAAGACCGUUCCUAGUGCUGCCCUCAAGAACCUCCAUGCUCUGCAGUCUCUGCGCUUGGAUGCUAACCACAUCACGGUGGUGCCAGAGGACAGCUUUGAAGGCCUGCAGCAGCUCAGGCACCUGUGGCUGGACGAUAACAGCCUGACCGAGGUCCCUGUGGGGCCACUGCAGCACCAGGGCAACUUGCAGGCUCUCACGCUGGCCCUCAACCGCAUCACACACAUCCCAGACAACGCCUUCGCCAACCUCUCCAGCCUGGUCGUCCUGCACCUGCACAAUAACAGAAUCCAGGAGAUUGGGAAGAACUGUUUCAAUGGCUUGGACAACUUAGAGACACUAGACCUCAACUUUAACAACCUGAAAAGCUUCCCAGAGGCCAUCCAGACUCUGCCCAAACUGAAAGAACUUGGCUUUCAUAGCAAUAAUAUAGCCACCAUACCAGAGGCUGCUUUUCAUAAGAAUCCACUGCUGCGCACAAUUCAUCUCUAUGACAACCCUCUCUCCUUUGUGGGGAGGUCAGCCUUCCAGAAUCUGUCCGACCUGCACUCUCUAAUGCUCCGUGGUGCCAGUUUGGUGCAGGACUUUCCCAGUCUGACUGGAACAGGGAAUUUGGAGAGCCUCACUUUAACAGGCACUAAGAUCAGAGCCAUACCUGAGGAUCUGUGUGAGGACCUCUCUGUGCUCCGCACACUAGAUCUAUCCUACAAUGAGAUAGAAGAGCUGCCAUCCUUUCAGGGCUGUGUGAGUCUUCAGGAUGUAACCGUACAACACAACCACAUCCAGCAGAUAGACAGAGACACCUUCCAGGGGUUGACCAGCCUCAGAGUGCUAGACCUGAGCAGAAAUCAGAUCAAGUUCAUCCAUCGAGAUGCCUUCCUCUCUCUCAGCACUCUGACUAACCUCGAUCUGAGCAUGAAUUUUUUAGCCAGCGUGCCCACAGCUGGACUAAACGCCCUGAACCAACUCAAGCUGGCGGGCAAUCCGGACAUGAAGAACAGCCUGACCGCCAAGAGUCUGCCCAAGCUCAGGUCUAUAUCAGUGCCCUAUGCAUAUCAAUGCUGUGCUUUCAUGGCCUGUGACAGCACACAGAGUUCCCCCGAAAGUGAAGAAAAGAGGAAAGACUUGGGUGGUGAUGAGGAGAUGGAAAGGGUUCCUCUGGUUAUGCACUGUUCUCCUUCCCCAGGGGCCUUCAAACCGUGUGCUCACCUGCUGGGGAGCUGGAUGAUCCGACUGACCGUAUGGUUCAUCUGCCUGGUGGCACUCCUGUUCAACUGCUUGGUGCUGGCUGCCAGCUUCUCCCCCCGCGCCUCUCCACUCUCCCCUGCCCGGCUGCUUGUGGCUUUACUGGCCUCCUCCAACCUGCUGACAGGCCUGUAUGUGGCUGCUCUGACCCUAUUAGACGUCGUCACCUGGGGCUCAUUCGCCACCUAUGGUGUCCGGUGGGAGACAGGCGCCGGUUGUCAGGCACUGGGCGUGCUUGCUGUCUUUUCGUCUGAGUGGGCGGUCCUGUUGUUGCCGUUGGCCGCCGUAGAGCGGAGCCUUGCUGUUCGGGCUCUGAUGGGCAAGGCGGGCAUUCUGAGGGGGGGUGGAGGCGAGCGAAGAGAGGGACGCAAAAGGUUCGGCCUGGCUGCUGCCCUGCUGGGUCUCUUGGCUGUGGUAGCCGCUUUUCUUAGCUUGUAUCACGGUUCAGCUGGCGGGUCUCCACUUUGUCUGCCCUUCUCCGGAGGUCCAGGGCCAGGCCUGGGCGUGACGGUGGCACUCGUCCUACUGAACACUCUGGCCUACCUGCUGAGCGCAGUGGUCUACACCCGUCUGUACUGCGGCCUGGGACGAGCACGACUGGCCGAUCCAGAGCAGGCUGGCUCCGUCCGGCACGUGGCCUGGCUCAUUUUCACCAAUUGCAUCUUCUUCUGCCCAGUAGCAGCCUUCUCCUUCGCCCCCUUGCUGGCUGGUGCUGGAAAUGCAGCAGGAGGUCCAGAGAUGGCCAAGUCAGUCACUCUGAUUUUCUUCCCUCUGUCAGCUUGCUUGAACCCAGUCCUCUAUGUCUGCUUCAAUCCCGCCUUCCGACAUGACUGGCUCCGCCUAAGGGGACGGGGCAGGGGUGGAGCCUGUGAUGGAAGAAAUGGUAAAGCUGUGGCAGUUGGGACUGGAUCCGGAGGCUCGUCCAGGGCGGGAGAAAGUGGGGGCUCGUCCGGGACAGGAGAGCUCGGUUACGAGUGUGGGAUGUACACUCAGCUUUGUGAGCAUUGUGAGGCGGCCCUCCUGGCUAGAACAUCUUCAUCAUCUGCUUCUUCAUCGUCUUCCUCGUCCGCCUGCAGACAUUUAGUGAAGUCGCACAGCUGUCCAGCUUUAGCAGGUGCUGAGGCUCCUUGCCCGAGGGCCGAGGGCUGCUGGGCGGACAGCGGCACCUUGUGGGCACAGUCAGAGUACGCGGAUGAAGGUGACUCGUUUGUGUCGGACAGUUCCGAGCAGGUCCAAGCGUGUGGACGAGCCUGUUUCUGCCAGAGCCGCGGCCUGCCAUUAGUACACUACUCCUACAACAUCCCGCGUGCCAAAGACUGAGCCUGUCUGUGCACACACACUAGGGCUGCACAAUAUAUCAUUUGCUAAUCCUUCACACGGUAUUGGCCUUCAAAGUACAGAUAUUGCAAAAGUGUACAAUAUGCAAAUGAGCCUCGAACCAGUGUUUUAUUAUGUGCUUUGAGUGUCCUGACCAAUCACAGUCAUUCUUUAUUAUUGCAACGCGUAUCGCAAUCGCAGUGUGUAGCAAUAUAAUCGCAAGGUGUUUUGUCCAUAUCGUGCAGCCCUAACACAUACUCACACAUUUACACCCUUCACUCGGUCACUCACUCGUGCACUACGGCUUGCCCACUCAGAGUGGACCCACUCGGUGAGGGCAGACAGAAGCACAGCAUGCAGGGAACAGCCGGGGACACAGCCAGUCAGGAAGCACUUUUUUCCCCAAAACACACCUAUGCGUGUAUGUGUGUGUGUGUGUGUGUGUGUAUGCGUGUGUGUGUGUGUGUGUGUGUGUGUGUAUGUGUGUGAACAGACACUGACCCCUCGUCUGGAAAAAAAGGGAAACUGACAAUACACAAAAGACUCACUGAGCCAAAUGUUGUCAGCAAAGGACUUGAUUUGCUUUCUUCUUUUUUCAUUUUCAUGGCCAGAUUUGUGGCUGCAGAAAACUGACUGCCCACUCCUUGAAAACACACAGAAACCCAACAGCUAGUGCCUGCCUCUCAAUCUUCUAGAGAACACGACUUUAAUUUGCUAAGAUGUUUCUUAUUAAGCAGGGAUAAAUGUGCCAUCUCUCAGAUGAGAAAUUGUUUGUUUUUGUGACGUUGAUUUAUUUUGUUCUUCACUGUUGUCAUUCCCUGUUCUAUUGACCUCAAUGCAUGACAGAACCACAGGAUCCUCUUCCAUGUAGCAACGUUCAUGUAUGUGUUAAGAGUUUUAGUCGAGAAGAAUGUAAUGUAGAGCUGAAGCUUUUGAAAGAGUGAAUCUAUUUUGAUACUGCCUCUCGUCCUUCAGAAAUCAUGCUAAUAUUUAGCAUUGCCCAGCAGCCAUUCCUUCAGACUGUUCAGCCUGUCUUACGGUUCAACUGCAAAUGAAUUCAGACGGACCCUUGUUUUUGGGGUGAAUGAAUUGUUUGAAGCUGGAGUUAGAAAAAAGUGUGGACAAGAAUUCCAGGUCUGUUCCAGUACUCCCUUAAUUUAGAUGGUCUUUGGCUUGACAUUGCUGAUGGUCUGUUAAUUUUGUUAGUAACAGAAAUUUGUAGAAAAACAGUAUUUUCUGAUUAUAAAAAGAUAUUGAAAAGGUACUUCAUGAAAUCAUAGCAUAUGCCAGUUGAAUAUGGCAGUUUUAAAAUGUGCUGGACACUUUGAAUAUCCCAGAUUGUAAUCCCUUCUUUUGAUGAAUGUCAAAUGAAAUGGCAUUUCCUUCUCUCACAGUAUCCCCAAAGAACUUGACUAGAUUACUUUUAAAGUGCGAGUACUAUAAUUGCUUUAUGUAUAGCCCUAUUUUCUGAAGCGUGAACAGGUCCAAAGAGCGUACAUGUAUAUUCAUGUUCUAUAAUGAUCUACAUAUGUAUUUCACCUUGAUCUUCAAGUUGCCAUUAAGCUGCCAUUAAGAUGAAGUAGUGUUGGAAAGUCAUUAAAGCAUUUUUGCAUUUUAGGCCAGCUUCCCUAAAGGCCUUUACACACUGAGUGCAACAUUUUAUAUUAUUAUAUAUAUAUAUAUAUAUAUAUAUAUAUAUAUAUAUAUAUAUAUAUAUAUAAUACACACACAUCUCACUCCUUUUGGUCCUUUUGGCCAAUCAUUCACAUCUGCUUUGCAACCCAUUUUCUACACAUUGAAUGAGACAUUCACUGCAUUGUACCACCUCUUCUCAAUCUAUGAAUUCCGUCGCACACCCUGCAGGUAUUUAUAGCCCAAUCAUCCUUGUGCAACUCCAUCUGCAGGAACCUGAACCUACUGCUGCUUCAUCAUGUUUGAUUUGUGAAAACCGCAGUCAACUUGAGCUAACUUGACCAAUCACGGUUUGGCAUGGUAACAGCCAAGAGUCACCAUGCCAAACCGUGAUUGGUCAAGUGAGCUCAAACUGUUCAGUUGUGUCCCAGCAAAUAGUACUUUUUACAAACAUCAUUAGGAUUAUAUUGUCCUCUGCUUCUUCACAUAUGGUGUGAGCAUCUUCAAAAGCAACUCAAACGUGGCUAUGGAUAUCAAAGCUGUGUGAAAGUUUCAGGUCCUGAAUAACUGUAAAACUUUCCGUGCUCCUCUUGUUUUUCCAGAGUGGAGAGAAGCCUGCUCAGUGUCAUCAUUUGUGAGAAGCAAAGAAUAUCUCUGUCACUUGAAGACAUUCUGUCCUUUUGUUUUGUUCAAAAAGAAUUUCCAAAUAUUUUGCAUUUUUCGUGUUUAUUUGCAUUGCGUUCAGUGUGUAACAGCCUUAGGCCUAGACUAAACUGUAUAUUCAGAGAGAAAACAUUGCCAUUGUGGUUUAGUCUGAGACUAGGCUAAGUCCAUUUCCAUGAAACUUGCCUUUAAGUCCUAAGCCCAUGUAAUGUCAUUGUGAGAGUUCACAUAUACACCUCUGGAAUUGCAGAGGACAGAAAUCUUUCCGUGUUUCCUUUGCUUUUGCUUUGAUGCAAAAUAGCACUACCUUCCUUCAGGCCUUUUGAAGCACAUUUGCAUUCGAGCUGAAUUUUAGUUACGUUCUCAUGUUAGUCUAAUAAGCUCUUCCAACAGUCGCCGCUUAAAGAAAUCUUGGAGGUAACAUUUAAUGUCACUGACAAAUUCCAAAUCUUUGUGUGUCUGUUGAGGCGUGUUUAUGUGUGUCUGAGAGUUUCAGUAUGUUGUAAAUUAUUUGUAUAGGAUACAUCUAAUCAAGAAUGGGAUGCAUCGUCUAACCAUGGAAGCUACCUCUGGAACUGUAGUGGCUGCCAGUAGUGUGCAGUGUGAAAGAAUGCUUGUCCGUGUUGUAUGUUUUCUGUAUGAUUGUUUCGCUUUGUAAAUACAUGUAGUUGUACAUUGUCACUGAAUGAAAGUCACAUUUUAGUUUGUACCAAUUGUGGGAGGAAAUUGUGUACGGUAUGCGGUAAUUUUUGUAAACCAAACAAUAUAAACUAAAUUGCUUUAAAGUUUCAUGCGAAUUUCUAA